CCGUCAAUAGCGGCUGGGGUUGCCUGCUGUUUGGAAUUACCAUUCCCCACAUUUCAGACCAACAGCUACACCAUGGGCAAACUCUUGGUCUUGUGCGUUGCAGUUCUUGCCUACGCCGGUAUUGGGUCAUCUUUGUAUUGUUACAAAUGCUCCUUUACCAUGAUUUUCUGCAGGACAAAUGUAACCUGCCAGACUGGGGAGGUUUGUGCAACUAUCAUUGGAUCAGCAGUUGGCCAUGAUGUCAUCCAAAAAAAAGGUUGUGUCGCCCGGGAAAAAUGCAACACAACCUCCACGGAGACCUACGUAGGUGUCAACUACACCACUCGUUAUAAAUGCUGCGAGGGAAACGCGUGCAACUCAGCCCCCACUCUGAGCUCUGCUCACCUUUCCCUAGCCAUGGUGCUGGCCAUGCUGGGCUUCUGGUGUACCCAACUGCUCUAAAUCCACUCCCCCCAUCAAACAGAGGAAGCCGUUCUCCAGGAGAGCCGGGGAGUUCAACACUUUAUUGAGCAGCUGCUUUUGUUUAAUGAACUGAUUGCAUUUUUCACCAACUGCACUAGUGCAAUGCUAGAAAAAGCUAUUUUCUUCUCAGUCCAUUGAAAUCCAUGGGCUCAGAAAGGUGUUGCUCUGAUUACUACUGUACUCUGUAUCUUAUAAAUCAAGCAUUGGUGGAAUAAACUGAGGGGGACUGAGUGGAAGAAGGAGAUCCCUUCCUUUUUCUUUUGA